AUGGGAGUUUCAAUGGGAAUAUUUUUUCAUGGAAAAUAUAGUGUAGCAACUGAGACAACUCAAUGUGGAGUACCAGAAGUAUUAAUUGGACUUGCUCCAGGUUUUGGUGCAAGUAAUUUGUUUCAAAAAAAAUUAAAAGGUCAGCUUGGAUUAUAUUUAAGUCUUACUGGUCGUAGUUUGAAAGGUGUUGAUGUCAAACUUACUGGUAUUGCAACGCAUUACGUGUCAUCAUCGAAACUGCCAGAAGUUACUAAAGCUUUACUUGCACCUGGUGAUGGAGAUGUCAAAAAAAUUCUUGAUGAAUACGAUGAACAAGAUCCUCAUGCAGAAUCAUGUUUGUCUAAGUAUACAAAACAGUUGGAUGAAUGUUUUUCUGGUGAUAGUGUUGAAGAUAUUAUUCAAAGACUAAAGAACGAUUAUAGUGAAUGGUCUAAAGGUGUCUUGAAAAUACUAGAUAAAAUAUCUCCAACAUCUCUCAAAGUAACAAAAAAAGCUUUUGAAAAAGGAAAAGAACUUGGUUUAGUUGACAGUUUAAAAAUGGAAUUUAUUGUAGCUCAAAAUAUAAUAAUUAAAAAAUCAGAUUUUGAAGAAAGUGUACGUGCUCAGAUAAUUGAUAAAGAUUACAAACCAAACUGGAAUCCACCAACACUUGACCAAGUCUCAGAUAAAUAUGUAGAAAGUAAAUUUAUACGUUCAUCUGAGAACCAACCAAUGAUUAAUUUCGACAAUCUUCGGAUAAAUAAUUGA